CAGACCAGAGGUUACAAGAGGAGGAGAGGGUUAAGAAUUAAAAGUCAACACCUCUGAAAUAAAGUUAAUAUUGGACUGCGCCAGUUUGGACUCAAGGGCAUUGUUUGCCAACUUGGAGUGCUGUUGUUUUGGUCAACACACAAGUGGCAGCACUGAAAAUAGAAACCUGAAGUUCAGCUUGGACCGGCAAAACAAAGGAAUUUAACAAGUUUAUAGUAUGUCUGCAGCUUACUAAAACAUUACAAUGAUGAGGCAUUUAUCUUUCAAAAUCACCUCAGACCACUUGCUGCUGUGUGUCUUCCUGAGUCUACUUUGGGGUGCCACUAACUCCACCACAGCAUCCACACCAGACACAACAGUGACAGCAACAAGCAAAGCAACAACACAAACAACCACGCUGACAACAACAACAGCAACACCACAAACAACCACGCUGACAACCGUUCCAACAACAAUACCACCUCCUGAAAAUGUGCAGAAUGUGACGGUGUUGAACCAAACUGAGAGCAGUAUAACUCUGAGGUGGAGCAAGGUUAAUAAUAUCUCAACAUACUUCCUGAAGUAUGUUAACAAUGGCAUUAAGAAGGACUUCAUCAAUGAAACUUCUGAAGAGACAUCAGUUACACAUACGGUCAUUGGUUUGAGUGCUGGGACAAAAUAUGAUUUUUUGCUCCUCACUACACAUAAUGGAGUCAACAGCACUGGAUACAAUUUUUCUACAGUCACUGCUCCUGAAAAUGUGCAGAAUGUGACGGUGUUGAACCAAACUGAGAGCAGUAUAACUCUGAGGUGGAACAAAGUUAAUAACAACUCGACAUACUUCCUUAAGUAUGUUAGCAAUAGCAUUGAGAAGGUGGAGCCCAUUACUACAACUCCUGAAGAGCCAUCCGUUACAUAUACGGUCACUGGUUUGAGUGCUGGGACAAAAUAUGAAUUUUUGCUCCUCACGUCAGACAAUGGAGUCAACAGCACUGGAUUUCCUUUUUCUGCAGCCACUGCUCCUGAAAAUGUGCAGAAUGUGACAGUGUUGACCCAAACUGAGAGCAGUAUAACUCUGCAGUGGGACAAGGUUAAUAAUAUCUCAACAUACUUCCUGAAGUAUGUUAAUAAUGGCAUUAAUGAGGUGGGACCCAUUACUACAACUCCCGAAGAGCCAUCCAUUACACAUGCAGUCACUGGUUUGAGUGCUGGGACAAAAUAUGAAUUUUUGCUCCUCACGUCAGACAAUGGAGUCAACAGCACUGGAUUUCCUGUAUCUACAGCCACUGCUCCUGAAAAUGUGCAGAAUGUGACAGUGUUGACCCAAACUGAGAGCAGUAUAACUCUGCAGUGGGACAAGGUUAAUAAUAUCUCAACAUACUUCCUGAAGUAUGUUAAUAAUGGCAUUAAUGAGGUGGGACCCAUUACUACAACUCCUGAAGAGCCAUCCAUUACACAUGCAGUCACUGGUUUGAGUGCUGGGACAAAAUAUGAUUUUUUGCUCCUCACGUCAGACAAUGGAGUCAACAGCACUGGAUUCAAUAUUUCUACAGCCACUGCUCCUUGUAACACAGAGAAGUUUACGCUAAUUGAACAAAAUGAGACCAGUAUAACUCUACAGUGGAACAAAAUGAAUGACAUCCUUAACUAUAUACUUGAGUUCAAUGGAACUCCUCGUAACACAGACGACUUUAAAUCAAUUGGACGAAAUGAGACCAGUAUAACUCUGCAGUGGAACAAAGUGGAUGACAUUCUCAACUAUAUACUUGAGUUCAAUAAACAGGAGAUAAACGUGCCUCCAUCACAGGAAGAUAAUGUGACAUACAUUGUAUCAGGACUCACAAAUGGGACUAAAUAUGACUUCAGUCUCUUCACUGUGUUUGAAAAUGUCAGAAGCAGUGGAGUAAACCUAACUGCAGUCACUGCUCCUCGCAACGCAGACGACUUUAAAUCAAUUGGACAAAAUGAGACCAGUAUAACUCUGCAGUGGAACAAAGUGGAUGACAUCCUCAACUAUAUACUUGUGUUCAAUGGACAUGAGAUAAAUGUCACUGCAUCACAGGACGAUAAAGUGACAUACACUGUAUCAGGACUCACAAAUGGGACUAAAUAUGACUUCAGUCUCUUCACUGUGUUUGAAAAUGUCAGAAGCAGUGGAGUAAACCUAACUGCAGUCACUGCUCCUCGUAAUGCAGAGGACUUUACAUCAAUUGGACAAAAUGAGGCCAGUAUAACUCUGCAGUGGAACAAAGUGAAUGACAUCCUCAACUAUAUACUUGAGCUCAAUGGAAGUGAGAUAAACGUCCCUCCAUCAGUGGAAGAUAAAGUGGAACACACUGUACCAGGACUCACAAGUGGGACUAAAUAUGACUUCAGUCUCUUCACUGUGUUUGAAAAUGUCAGAAGCAGUGGAGUAAACCUAACUGCAGUCACUGCUCCUCGUAAAACAGAGGAGUUUAAAUCAAUUGGACAAAAUGAGACCAGUAUAACUCUGCAGUGGAACAAAGUGAAUGACAUCCUCAACUAUAUACUUGUGUUCAAUGGACAUGAGAUAAAUGUCACUGCAUCACAGGAAGAUAAAGUGACAUACACUGUAUCAGGACUCACAAGUGGGACUAAAUAUGACUUCAGUCUCUUCACUGUGUUUGAAAAUGUCAGAAGCAGUGGAGUAAACCUAACUGCAGUCACUGCUCCUGAACCAGUUAAUAAUGUGACUGUGGUGACACAAAGUAACAGCAGUAUAAUGCUGAAGUGGGACAAAGUUAACAAUAUUCCAACAUACAUCCUACAAUAUGGUGACAUUAGUCAUUACAUUGGGGACAAUGCAUCUCAUCAAGAGGCAUCAGUUACAUAUGAGGUGUCUUCACUUAAUGCUGGAAAAGAAUACAGUUUCACGCUCAUCACUGUAUUUGAGAAAGUGAACAGCACUGGAUUCGUAUUUAAUGCUGUGACUGUUCCUCCAGCAGUGGAUGUCAUAACUGUGACUGCACGCUCUGAGACCAGUGUAACUCUGCAGUGGAAGAACACGGAUGAAAACUGGGGCUACUUUCUUCAAAUCAAUGGAGAAUAUAUCACAAAACCAAGUGGAUCCCUUGGUGAUGUGUCAGAGACAGUCUCAUCUCUCAAGCCUGGAACAGAGUAUGAAUACAGUGUGAUCACAGUGUUCUCUGAACUCAACAGCACUGCUCUUACUGGACUCACAGUAACAAAAAUAGACCCUAACACUGUAAACUGGCAUGUUUGUAACAAAUCCAUCCAAGGAAAGGUUGAAGGCGCAUUCUCAAGGGCAAUACUCAGCAAUUUCAAUAAUAAGAUGGAUAUGACUAUCACACGUCUAACCGGAGGUAACAAUGUGGUCUUUACUGGCCUUGACCAUGGAGCAACCUAUGUCGUGUCUCUUGAGUAUGACCUACAAGAUUCCAGUCCGCUUACACAGUAUAAGACCAGUUUGACAAUCGCUCCUGCAGAUGUAAAAGCUCGAUGUGAGAACGUUGCAGCUGGCUACUCUAUCCUUAUCGUCUUUGAUAAACCGGAGGGUUUGUGGACUAAAGUGGAAGUGAAUGUGACUGGGAAGACAGAAAAGUAUGAUAAUAAGACACAGAUCAUAAUACCUGGAUUCCAACCUGCAAAAUCAUAUGAGGUGUCUAUAGCUCUACUGUCUGAGAAAGUGAUGAGUUGUAAACCUUAUGUUUUCCAAUGCCAGACUGAUCCAAGGGGAGUCAUUGCAGGGUCAGUGAUUGCUGUCCUGCUUUUUGGUGUUCUGGUCUUUCUAGUGGUCUUCAUUUUGCUUAAAAGACCAGAUAUUAUCAGCAGAAAAAAACAAUUCAUUGAGGGUUCUCGACAAUCUAAAAAUAGCAAAGCUAUUUCUGUCGCAAAGUUUCCAGACCAUUUCUACCACUUGAGUGCAGAUGAGAACAGAGGUUUCAGUGAGGAAUAUGAGAAACUUCUUCCUGUUGGCACGGAGCAGACACGAAAGGUAGCGCUCCUGCCUGAGAACAAGGCCAGAAAUCGUUUCAGCAACGUUCUGCCAUAUGACUGGUGUCGAGUGAAGCUAAGUACAUCGAAUCCCACUGGGGCCUCUGACUACAUCAAUGCCAGUUACAUGCCAGGCUACAAGAACAACCGAGAGUACAUUGCGACUCAGGGUCCUCUUCCUGCUACAGUCAAUGAUUUCUGGAGGAUGAUCUGGGAACAAAGAGUGAAAGGUAUCGUCAUGGUAACCAACUGCACCGAGGGAGGACGGACUAAGUGUGAACAAUAUUGGCCCUCGGACAGAGAGACUUGCCUUUAUGGAGAGAUGCAGGUCACCAACAGAUCUGAGCAGCAAGAGUUCAACUGGACUUUGAGGGAAUUUACACUGAAAUAUAAAAACACCUCAGAAGAGCGCACUGUGAAACAUUUCCACUUUACCUCCUGGCCUGACCACGGAGUCCCACAGGGCACCGAAGUCCUGAUCCAGUUCAGAGAACUGUUCAGACGGCACAUAAAGACAGAGGGAACUGGGGAACCCACUGUGGUUCACUGCAGUGCUGGAGUGGGGAGGACAGGCACUAUUAUUGCCUUGGAUGUGCUGCUUCAGCAGCUGGAGCGAGAGAAAGCAGUGGGCAUCAAUGCCUUUGUGCACAAGAUGAGACUGAAUCGACCACACAUGGUGCAGACAGAGUCCCAGUACGUCUUCCUGCACCAAUGCAUCAUGGACCGUCUGCAGCCACAUGAGAAGCCUGAAGAAAACUUAUAUGAGAAUGUGGACAUGAUAUAUGUCAACGCCACUGCACUCCGAGAGUUUCGUUAAACAGUUCAAUGUCUGAAUUAAAUGAGAUUAGCUCUUCACUGAAAUGUUUAUGCACUUAAUGAAAAACUAAUUCUGAAGUCUACAUGCUGUUUUGUAUUUUAAAAUAUCUGUACUGUAAAAGAAAGAUUUAAGACAUAUAUGUACAUAU